AGCAACUUCUGGGCCAGUAGUGAGCUGUGUUCACUCAGGCAACUGUCUCAAACAGCAUUAAUGAAUUAUGUGAUGUAAAGCCUUGCUCUCAUGCCUGUGCAAUGGGAAAUCCUUGGACAUUGAAUACAUCCUCACAAUGUAGACACGAGCAGUCUAGGACACGAUUCGUGAUUUUGAACUCUUCUCUGCUCUGUUUUACUUUUAUCAUCGGGACUUCGGCUAAUCUGCUGGUGUGUUGGGUGGCUUUCCGGGCUAAAAGCCUGCGCACCGGCAGCAGCGCGCUGCUGGUCAGCCUGGCCGCGGGAGAUCUGAUCAGAUGUUUUGUGGACGCUCCGGUGUCUGUGGCCUUGUUAGCGCUGAGAGAGAGGCGCGUGAGGAGCGGCUCGGUGCUGUGCCGCGUUCAGCAGCUCACAUAUUUACUGUGCAGCUGCGCUCAGUUACUCACACUAGCGGCCAUCAGCGUGGAGAGAUUCCAGACCAUCGCUUUCCCCUUUAGCACCGAGAAAAGGAGAGGACGCAUUCGGAUCUGGAUCCUGAUUAUUUGGACCUUUGCAGUUACAGUCGCUGUGUCUUCUGUGAUUCUGUCCAUAGAUCCUCUGUCCUACUCAACAUGCCGCCACUUGGACACACCAAAGAGCUUUGCUUUGCAUGCGGACUCUUUUGACGCCUGUGUUUUGAUUCCCAUCUGGAGCUUAUGUGUCAUCCUGAUAGCAGUGAACUACUUGCGCAUCUUCGUGGUUGUGAAACAGCAUUCUAAUAAGAUCUAUGACUCGGGAGUGUGUGUGCUGACGCGCGUGUCGAGCUGCCGGCUGCCCCAGGCCAGUGCACUAGAGCCGGGCAGAGCUGAGGGGAAGUAUCCGUGCUCGGGCCCUGAGAUCGUGGGCGCUGUUUGUGUUCUCACCCCUAAAGCCAGAGCGCUGGGCAAGGCGAGGGUAGAGGGGAGGUUAGCCAGGAGGCUCGGCUACAUCAUCGCCGCUGUGGUCGUGUUCUGGCUGCCGCUGGUUCUGCUGCUGCCCCUCAGACUGCUGCUGAAGUGUAGCGCGUGCUGUAGUUGGUUAAUGUGGGAGCUGGAGACCUCGGCGAUGGUAUUGACGUGUGUACCUGCUGCUGUGGACCCGCUCAUAUACACGCUGCUCCAUCGCCACUUCUGCACCGAGUUCCGCAAACUCUUCUGCACCAAUCAGAGCUGCUGAUAGCUGAUCGACCAAUCAGGAGCCGGCUCUGUGAUGAAGAUAGGGCCCUGUUUCAUCCAUAUCCAGUAACAUCUACUAGGAUAAGAGAGUUUUAGUAGUCUGGUCUUGCAAUAGAAAUUUAUGGUUAGAAGGCAAAGCUGCUAUAGUAAAUAUGAGGGGAGCCCAAAACUUCCUGGAAUUGUUAAAAAAAAAAAUAGUGUUAUACGACUUACAGCAUUUCUCCUUUAAUCUUCUUCAAAGUACUCUCCUUAUGAUGCGAUACACUUGUCCUAGCGUUUCUCCCAUUCCUGGAAACAUUUCCUGUAGUCAUCUUUUCUCAUCGUGUCUAGAGCCUCCUGCGUUUUUUUUUUCUUCUGGAUUUCUUCCACAGUGGCAACUCUUUUCCCCUUCAGUCUCAUUUUUAAUUUUGGGAACAAAAAGAAAUUGCAAGGAGCGAGAUCUGGUGAAUAUGUUGGAUGUGAAGUGAUAACCACAUUGUUUCUGGUUAAAAACUCCUUGGUUGACAACACAGUGUGUGCAGAUGCAAGAUCCAGUUCUGGGUGCACCACUCCUCUGGACGGUUUUUUUCUGAUGCUUUCCCGUAGAUGCCUAAGCACUUCCAUGUAAAAUCGCUUAUGCAAACACACCAAGUGUGUACGCCACAUUUGAAAUCCGGGAAUUUUUGGGCCCCCCUUGUAUACCAGUUUUUGAAUCUUUUUCACGUUUUCAAUAAUGGUAGAUGCAAAUCAAAAUUCACAGAUGAUAGUUUCUCUCUGAGAGAGCAUUCAGGGAUUUGCACAAGAUCACAUCAUUAAAACCAUCUUAUUUAUAAUACCUCCACUUGACAUAGACUGGGGGCUCACCAGCUCAACUUAGAGGUGCUUCUCUGAAAUUGUGCCUCAUAACUAACAAAUGACAUUUUAUUGGACGUUUUGUGGCAAUUGUUUAAGUUAGCUAACUUUAUUUAAGGGAUAAACCUGAAAUCCUGUUUAGAAACGUAGAGAUUCAUGUAUGCUCAUGUGUACAGAUUCAUUAGAUGAUUUUAAGCUAUUCUGGUAAGAUAAGUCACAACUCUGUAAACUCUGUAGCUCUAUUAAGAUUCUGUGUUUGAGACCAGAAGGUAACGAGGUCAAAUCCCACACCAGCAGACGGGCCACUGUUGAGCCCUUGGAUUGUGCUUCACUUGUACAUGCCGUUGGAUGAAAGUGCCUGGUGAAUUAAUAAAUAUAAAUGCACAAACAGCACCAAACACUAUUUAUUAUUUGUUUUUUUACUUGGUGUAAAAUCUAUGUUUAAUAUAAUUUGAUACAGACAUUUAAAGCAUUUCCUUGAUAAAGAGAGAAGUUAAUAACUUUAUGCUUCUUUAACUAACCAGGAAGUGGUUGGGCUAGCUGCUUUAAAAUGCAGAGGACUCUUAGUACUUUUAUGCAUUGAGGCUGCAGAAAUAUACAGAAUUGUGCAAAAGCUGGAGAUGUUUUCAGCGUUUUGUUUUCAAUCAAAUGGUCAUUCAGUACUUAUUGUUAAUUAUUUGAUGGCAAACAAUAAUGAUGGGAAAAUGUACAUAACAGAAAGAUUAUACCAUAAACUGUAAAGGUAUGGUACACACAGUAUGGAAUCUGUAAAUAUUUUAUAUGUAAUAGUAUUAAUUAUUAAUAUUAAUAUUGGCUUGCAUACACAAGUACUAUAUGGCUAUUUGGCUGAAAAUGGAAUGCAUGUACUGUACAUUUUCCCCUCAUUUUUGUUGGCCACCAAAUAAUUAACUAUAAGUUUUGAAUGUCCAUUUGAUUGAAAACAAAGGGUGGUCUCUGACUUUUGCAGUUCUGUAGGUUCUGACAAUUCUGUGAUUUUAAGAUGACAGAUUUGAGCCUUCAAUUCUAUCAAAGCAGAUAUAACUUUUCAACUUUUUGUUUCAUACUUUUAACUUUGUUGUAAAACUUACAUGUAUUCACACUCACAUGUAUGUAACAUUUAUAAUGUUAACUAAUUUUUGCCAAAACGUCAGAUAGAACCUUAUAAAAUUAAGGUCUCAACAUAUGGAGAUUUUUUUUGGUGAAUUCCAUGUUCAUCCCUGAUUGUUUGAUUACAGUUAAGAAUGAUAUCUGAAUGAAAAAUUGCACACACAGCAAAUGGGUUAGUGACAUAUAUAGAUCUUUUAUCAGGCGUUUCACAGUAGUGACAAGACAAGAUCAUAAAUUAUAUUCAGCAUCUGACAGAGAAGGUCAAUAGAACAAGGUGAUAAUUCCAUACAAACUAAAGAAAAAAAAAAAAAAAAAAAAAGGAACAGCAAAAUAAAUGCUGAGACAUUGAAUAGGGAAAUU